AUGUAUUUUAGUUUUUAUGGUUUUGUUUUUUUCAUAAACAUUAUUUUUACAUUUGCUAUAUUCACACCGACUGGAAGAUAUUUUCAUUCCUCAGUCCUUGUUGAUAGGAAACUCUAUUUUAGUGGUGGAAUAGAGUUUCCUUCUAUCAAUUCGAAUAAAUUCUUUUAUUUGGAUGUUUCUAAACCAUUUAAUAUAACUGAUGAUGUCUCAAUACCAUGGGUUGACCUUACUUCUACCAGCAGCCCUUCGAAAUAUCAGGAUACAGCUUGUAUUGGUGGAAAUAAUCAUGAUCAGAUUUUUGUUUUAGGUGGUCUUCCUUAUAAUCAAUCAUUUGUUAUUCAAUUUGAUUCAAGUAAACAGCUAUGGAUUAAUAUUACAUCUACCGUAAAUGUACCAACAAAUAGAUAUGAUAUUUCAUGUACCAAUUUUAAUAAUGGAUUGAUUGCCAUUUUUAGUGGUUAUAGUUCUAGUUCUACUAUUGCCAAUGAUCUUUGGAUACUUAACACAUUAGCAUUAUCAUGGAGCUUAAGCAAUGGAACAAAUGCACCUCUAUCUAGGUUUGGUUAUUGCGCAAUAACUUUACCUAAUGAUAAUAUAUUAUAUAUUGGAGGAAGUAGUCCUGCUAAUUUAUCUGUGUAUAUGCCAAUGAAUAACUUACCAUUAUAUAAUACGAAAUCUGAUGCGUGGACAAAUAUGAGUAUAUCCGGUCCGACUCCUCCUGUUCGUAGAUAUUUCUCUGCAGUGUUAAGUAUGUUUGCAAAUUUGACCUCUUCAUCAAGAAUAUUUAUUCUAGAUGUAAGCAGAAAAGAUUACUACAAAUGGAUUACUGAAUUUACUCCAAAUACUACAAUUUCAAAUAAUGCAAAUCCAACAAGUAAUAUAAACCCAGCAAACACAAUAUCAAGUAGUACAAAUACAGUUGUUUCUGACUUCAAAAACCUUGGCUUAAUUAUUGGUGCAACCAUUGGUGGUGUUAUUUUCUUAAUAUUUCUUGUUGCUUCUUGUAUUGUAACUAUAAAG